AUGGAUCUUGAAAGAAUCGACAUUGAAUUAUCGCUAUUGGAUAAAGAAGAAUGCGAGAAUGGAGCAAGGAAUAUUUUGAGGAAAAUCAAACCGAAAUGGAAUGGAGAACAAGUCAAGUUUGAAAUUUUCACCGCUGGAAUCACCAACAAAAUCUUCGCCGCUUUUGUCGAUGAAGAGGAUAAAGUGAUUUUUCGGGUAUUUGGGAAAAAUACGGAGAAGAUCAUUGAUCGAGCUCACGAGCUGAAAUCGUGGGCGGUGUUGGCGGAGAAAGGCUUAGCCGCUCCAUUGAUUGGCCUCUUCUCGAAUGGGAUCAUUUGUGGAUAUCUUCCAGGCAAUAAUUUGAAUGUCGAUUUGGUGAGAGAGACGAAAAUGCAAAGAAAAAUCGCCGAAGCGAUGGCGCGAAUGCACAAGAUUUCGAUCGAUUCCAACCCAAAGAAACCAUUCGAAAAAACAAAAGCAAUUCGAGGAAUAUUUCACGGGAAUCGAUUU